UAUAUAUACUAUAAAUUUUAAAAUGUUCUUCGAUAUAAACGUCCGUUCUUCCGGGUUCCGAGCAGACGUGCCAAGCUGCCAACGUCAUCACGUACAACGGCUAGCGGAAGUGAGCACGUGAGGCCGACACAGACACGCGCACAUCGAGAGAACAUAACAUUUCUCAGGAACCAAUUUAAGCAAAUUGUGACGUCAUGGCCGUGAGAGCGUCAUUUGAGAAAAACAACGAGAUAGGCUGCUUCGCCAAAUUGACCAACACUUAUUGUCUCGUCGCCAUCGGAGGAGCAGAGAACUUUUACAGCGUGUUUGAAGGCGAGUUGUCGGAGAGCAUCCCCGUGGUCCACGCCUCCAUCGCAGGAUGCCGAAUCAUCGGACGCAUGUGUGUGGGAAACCGCCACGGUCUCCUGGUUCCAAACAACACGACCGAUCAGGAACUCCAACACAUCCGAAAUUGUCUUCCCGGUUCUGUCAAGAUCCAACGUGUGGAAGAGCGGCUGUCGGCGCUGGGGAACGUCAUCGCCUGUAACGACUACGUGGCACUGGUCCAUCCCGACCUGGACAGGGAGACAGAGGAGAUCCUGGCAGACACCUUGAAAGUAGAAGUGUUCCGUCAGACAAUAGUUGAUCAGGUUCUGGUGGGCUCGUACUGCGCUUUCAGCAACCAGGGAGGGCUGGUGCACCCAAAGACAUCCAUAGAUGAUCAGGAGGAGCUGUCAUCAUUGCUGCAGGUUCCCCUAGUGGCAGGAACAGUGAACCGCGGCAGUGAAGUCAUUGCCGCUGGUAUGGUGGUCAACGACUGGUGCGCCUUCUGCGGACUGGACACCACCAGCACAGAGCUGUCCGUCAUCGAGAGCGUCUUCAAGCUGGGCGACACGGCGCAGCCCUCCGCCAUCGCCACCACCAUGAGGGACUCGCUGAUUGAUAGCAUGGCAUAACCAGAUGGUGGAAGGCAACACUCCCUUUUUGGUGUUCUGGACCUGUUGGAAAAGAUUUUUGUCAGCGUUGUACGUGCACCACCUCACCUCCAGGAAGUGACAUGAUGGCGCGCCUGAUUGGGUUCAGGUGCUUCUGGAAUAUUGGAGACUGAAGACGAGACAAGGUGCGGGUCUUUGUCCAGCAUCACGUGGUGAAGAACAAUGAUGUCACAUGUCAAUUAAACUUUUUAUCAACAUUG